AUGAAAUCUCAAGCUGGAUCCCUUGCGUGGGAUAACUUGAGAUGCGAACUAUACCCAUGGCUCAAGGAUGCUCUACUAUCGUUGGGAUACCCAACAAUGACACCCGUCCAAGCAUCCACCAUACCCUUACUUUGUGGAAAUAAAGAUGUCAUAGUUGAAGCCGUGACGGGAUCAGGCAAGACACUAGCGUUUGCUAUACCGGUGUUGGAAAAGGUGUCCAAGAGAUUAUACACCCCCGAUGAAGAUGGCAAAGUGGAGUCCUUAAAGCGCAAUCAUAUCUUGAGCAUUGUCAUCUCUCCAACUAGAGAAUUAGCCAAACAAACCCAAAUGGUGUUUGAUCAUGUGUUGGAGUACUUGCCCGAGGAGUUGAGCCCACGGAUAAAGACCCAGCUAUUGGUUGGGUCACUUGGUAACGUGCGCGAAGAUCUUGAGAAAUAUCAGGACAAUCAACCACAGAUUCUCAUUGCGACACCAGGUCGAUUAUUGGAUUUUUUGACCACUUCACCCAUUGUCAAGACGUCAAGUUUGGAAAUUGUCAUCUUGGAUGAGGCGGAUAAGUUGUUGGAUUUUUCAUUUGAAAUGGAUGUGGUCAAUAUUUUGAAGAAAUUGCCCAAACAACGACGAACGGGAUUAUUUUCAGCAACGAUUUCAUCAGCUGGUGAUACUAUAUUCAAAACAGGAAUGAACAAUCCAGUCAAGGUGCAAGUCAAAACAAAGAAUUUUCUUGGCGAACAGCAAAAUGCACCAACAUCAUUGCAAUUAUCGUACAUGUUACUACAACCAGAGCGCAAGAUCACUACAUUAUUGACAAUUCUACGAGACUACGAUUUCAAAAAAGUUAUUGUAUAUUUUCCUACAUGCACGUCAGUCAAACAUUUCUACCAGAUUUUCACUAAAUUGGUGGAUGAAAAUUUCCAUUUACAGUUUUUCUCAUUGCAUGGACAGUUGAAUACUAAGGCCAGAUUGAAUACAUUGGAGAAAUUCAUCGAUGGUAAUGACCCCAAUUUCAAAUACGUUUUGAUGACUACAGAUGUUGCUGCUCGAGGAAUAGAUGUCCCUGAAGUUGAUUUAGUGGUACAGUUAGACCCACCCACCGACCCCAGUGUGUUCUUACAUCGAUGUGGGCGUACAGGAAGAGCUAACAGAGCAGGAAGAGCAAUUGUCAUGUUGAAUGAUGGUACUCAGGAAGAAGAUUACAUUGGUUUUAUGGAGGUCAAGAAUGUAUUUAUGACCCAAAUGGAUCCUCUUAAGACGACAGAUCACAACUCGUUUCAAAAACAGCUUCGCAAGUAUAUGCUUGCUGAUCGAGCACGCCAUGAAUUAGCCGUCAAGUCAUACGUUGGAUUCAUUCGGUAUUAUUCCAAGCAUAUUGCCAGUCUGAUUUUUCGUUUAGCUACACUUGACUAUUUGGCGGUUGCCAAAAUGUAUGGACUAUUGAGAUUGCCCAAGAUGCCAGAGACGAAAUAUAUCGACAACUCACUUAUGCCCCAAGAUGGUUGGCUUGGUGAACCUAUUGAUAUGGACACUUAUGCAUAUGCAGACAAGUUACAGGAGAAAUCGAGGGUGGAUAAUUUGCAACGCGAUAAGGAGUUGAAGAUUGCCAAUGCCAAGAAGCGUAAAGAGUUGAAAAUUAAAAAUGAAGCAUGGUCAAGCAAGACUGAUCACAAAGAGACCAAGCAGGAGAGAAAGGCGAAAAUGAAGCGGAAACGUGAAGCGAUUGAGAAGCAGUUGAUGGAGAAUGAUGAUGAAGAAGUGCAACAAACGCAACAAGAUUGGAAAGAUUUGAUUAGGCAAUCAAAAAAGGCAAAGAAUCAAACUAUGCAAGGCUCAUUUGAUGAUUUAUAG